AUGAAAGGUUCUCUCCUUGACUAAGGAGAAUACUAUAAAUACCUAUACUUUGAAUUCCCUUAUCACUUGUUUAAUAUCGUCGCUUUUAUUGUGAUUAUGCAAUGGAUACAAAUUUGGGCUGUUCUAAAUCAAGUUAAUGAAGAUCCUUCUAAGAAAAUGGGAUUAAUUUAGAGAGUUAUAAGGUUCUGUAGAAGAACAUUCUUUGAGGAUAAACAAUAUUAUGUAUUUCUAUAUGGAGUCGUAAUUCUUCUGCUAAGUCUGUUGAUAAUAGAUACUGUAUUGCUUUCUAUCGAUUAGCUUUUGAGUAAAGACAACCUCAAGCGUAUAUUCUAGUAAACUUAAAUACAUUUGUUUGCUUAAUAUUUGAUUAGAGCAUUCACACUUAUCUUAAUGAUAUCAGGCAUCGUAAUCACAAUUGAGUAUUUCAUCAUGUAUAUUCUGAUAAGAAUUGAAUUCUUGAAGCUACCCAAAGAAUCACGUAGAGCACUUCUCUGCAAUAUGCAUGCAUUUUUCAUUAUGAUGACUAUACUAUUGGGGUCAAGGACAAUAUAUUAUAUUGUUUUUAGGUUCAAAGACUUUCGUUAUGAAACUACUUCAGAAAUAGAGAACAAACAAUUAGUCUUCAUUUAUGUCCAAGAGAUUUUCUUUAAUUUUGUGGUAUUCUACAACCUCGUUCUCAAAUUUUAUCAUGAUGAGAGAUUUGAAGAGAAUAUUCAAAAAUGCAAAGAGAGAUCUUCCAAAAAAAAUGCUAGUUUUAAUAACGACGAAGACUAAUUAGAUAAGACUUCAGAAAACUUGCUGAAUAAAACUAACUCUCCAGAAUAGGUUAGAUAAGACAAAGAGAAUAAACUUUAGAACUUUGAAGCAACAAGAGAAGACAGGAUAAGAACUCUUACAGAAGAUGAGGAUGAGGAAGGCAAAGGUUUAAGCUACAAUUCAUAAGAUGGAUUCUAGAAUUAUUAGCAACCAAUGUAUUCACCAGGUAGUUUGAAACGAAAGACAACUCAAAAUUUCAAUGGAAGUCUUGGACUAUCAAGUAAUCCUUAAUUCUCAGUGAAAAAUCUGAGAACUAAUGAGAGAUAAGAUUCUUUAAUGGAAAGUAAAGAAAACAAUAAAACUGAAAGUGACUUGCAAAAACACAUUGCUGAAAUUUAGACUGAAUAAUCUCAAAGAGACCUAUCAUAAGGCCAAUUUUAAAACUCAAAUUAAAUAAAUUAGCUACAAGAUUAUGCUAAUUAGAAUCCUCACUAUAGAAUGACAACUUAGCUCAGUAAUUAUCAAGAUAAUAAUAGCAUAAAAGCUAACAAUACAACUAAUAGCUUCGUUAUUUAGACAGAGUAGUCUCAAGCUUAUCAGGAAAGUUAUCAAAAAUUGUGA